AUGACGGCAAAUGUGUUAUCAUGGAGCGAGGACAGGUUUGGUGUCGGGAGGCGUUGGCUGUAUGGGGGAGUGGUCGAGGGGGCCCGAACGAUUGAUCGAUUCGGGUCUUAUAGCACUUAUAAGAAGAUAUGGAACGACACUAAAUAUGCUGAGGAUAAAGUCUACGGCUGUGGUAUGGGACAAACAAACAAAUAUUAUUGUUGUGGACCUUAUGGCUGCCUUCGUAUUUUAGAAAUAUUAUUGUGCUUGAUUGUGAUAUCUCUGAUCACGUCAGUAUUCGGUCCAGGACCCUUUAAAGGUGUAUUAUUUGGCCAAACUCUGCUGUUGAUUUUCGCUGGUGUAGCCAUGUGUUUCACUUUCAUCUUUCUUAUCGUCUACUUCUUCACUUUGAAUGAGACCCAUCUAGAUUUCUGGCCCUGGAGAACUACGGAUCUGGUGUUCUCCGCCACUUGUUGCUUUUCCUUCAUCAUUCUUGCCAUAGUCGAAGCAUACUAUUCAACCGGAAGUUGGUCGAAUAACUGCAAUGAUAUUGGUUCCGAUGGUUUGAUACACAACGGAUGCAGGCUAAUCUAUGAAUGGGCUUUUGCUUCGUUUUUAUCCUUCAUUCUCGCAUGCCUCUAUGGAGUCAGCGCCUUCCUAGCAUCACGCGAUCGAAGCCAUACGCCAAUCAUGCGGGAUUACUAAACUCAGAUUCGUACAUAUAUCUUUAUAUCACAACUAUUUCUUGUUGUUCAUACAUGCAUAAUUACAAUAAAAACCUCAUAACAGUGUAUGC